ACCAGAACAGUGUUUACGGAGGGCUUCGGAGCGCGCUUUUGCCAGUCAGUCAACAGCAAAUCAUUGGAGCAAAUGGCGACGUCCGCUUUCUUACUGGAUUUGAUGGGAUAUGGCGUGCGGCGUCUCGAACAUUUCACUUGAAGUACCGCGGUCACAACCAGCUUGAGAUUUAUUGGGAAGACGGAUCCAAUCAUUGGAUCGCAUACUGCUCCCAAGAGUCCGGGUGGUUUCAGGGCACUGCAAGCCAUUUCUUUGGAGAGGAGCCAGAUAUGGUUGUACGCUUCCGGCGGGUUGGCCCCGUUUUGGUUUGCAAUUUCCGCAAUAUCGGGGUACUUCUCUGGGGCGCCGAUAUAAUUGCGCACCGUGAUGAGUUCACCGUAGUGGGCCGGUGGUUCGUUUCCAGUAAUAGGUAUUUCUAUGUUAACGACAACGACAACGACAUCCUCGAAUUGUGUUAUAGGGGUUCCUGUGGCACGCUGAACGCUCCGAACGCGUCUCAAAGAGACACUCUAGAGGCUCAGCUCGGGGUAGGCCCUGGCCCUCCGUGCACCAUCCGAAUCGAGUUCGUAACAGAUCCGUGUUCAACGUCUGGCGCCGAGUGUACUUUUAGUGGCGGUUGUGAUGUACAGGUGGCGAGCGCGACUUGCGGCAGAAAGGAUUGCGAUGCACAGGUUGAUUGCGAACGCGUUGAAUACGCAGACUCCGACUUGCGGAUAGCUUCGUGCAUGUUGCACCAGUGGGCCCCGCAUCGUUGUGGCAGCAAGGGUGAUUGGUAUUGUCAGUGGCAUUCAGUCUGCCGAAGUCUUGGCAAGCACCUGGAUUGUGAUCACGGCAGGGUUACAACCAUGAGUUUCCCACAUGAGAACUUGUCUGGCAAAAUCCCAGACGAAUUGACUUUGAUGGACCACCUGAUCCACUUGGAUUUGAGACGCAACGAUCUUUCUGGACCAUGCCCCUUCGAACGGAUCAGCGAAAGAAUGCUCGCUUUGCGAAGUUUGGAUCUCAGUCACAACAAGUUGACCGGUGUCGUCGACUUUUCUGAUAAGGUAAAUGGGCCAGUUGCGCGUUUUGAAGUCAUCGAUUUGAGUCACAACAUGUUCCAGAAGGCAGAAAUACUAUCGCUCAAGUUUUUCGAUCGGCUUAGAGAGUUUGACGCAAGUGGGAAUAAUUUCACUGGCCCAUCGACAAUCUAUGGCACUCCGAGCAUCAAAUACAUCCUACUGUCGGACAACAAGAUGGAAGGGUACUUAUCAUACACAUGUUGGCGCUUCACUAGAACUGUCCCGUGUGAUAGGAUUAUCGAAGAUCGACGUCAGGAAUAA